GGCCUAAAGCCCAAUGACUUUGAAAGAAAAAAAAAACUUUGGUGGCACUGAGCAUCGUCUCCGGCAGUGAUUUAUAGGGUUUAACCCCGGUGGCGAAGAAGCUUCCGCUCACUCUUCCAUCUUCGAAAUCUCAACUCAAAAAUGGCCGAAGUUAACGCCGCUACCGAAACCCCUCAAAACAUGACUAUCUACAUCAACAACCUCAACGAAAAAAUCAAGAUUGAAGAGUUGAAGAAGUCGUUGCACGCUGUUUUCAGCCAAUUUGGAAAGAUACUUGAGGUGUUGGCUUUCAAGACUCUGAAACAUAAGGGUCAAGCUUGGGUGAUUUUUGAAGAUGUUACUUCUGCUUCCAAUGCUCUUAGGCAAAUGCAAGGUUUCCCAUUCUAUGAUAAGCCCAUGAGAAUACAGUAUGCCAGGACUAAAUCUGAUAUCAUCGCAAAAGCAGACGGCACUUUUGUUCCUCGGGAAAAACGGAAGAGGCACGAUGACAAAGGCAAAAAACGAAAGGACCAAAACGAUGCUAAUUUAGCUGGAAUGGGAAUAAAUCCUGCUUAUUCUGCUUACGGUGCAACACCUGCUAUACCUUAUCCAGGCGGUGCAAAAUCCAUGGUACCUGAGGCUCCUGCACCACCAAAUAAUAUUCUCUUUAUUCAGAAUCUUCCCAACGAGACCACUCCCAUGAUGUUGCAAAUGCUCUUUCUUCAAUAUCCUGGGUUCAAGGAAGUUAGAAUGGUUGAAACAAAGCCAGGAAUUGCCUUUGUGGAAUAUGGAGAUGAGAUGCAAUCCACAGCGGCUAUGCAGGCACUGCAAGGUUUCAAGAUAACCCCUCAAAACCCUAUGUUGAUAACUUAUGCCAAGAAAUAGACACUGAUUUAUCCAACUUAUGCUGUAAGAAUGGCAAGAAUCAUAUAUCUUUGCAUAGAGUUGUCAAUCCAUCCAAUGCAAUAGUUUAUCUUCUUAAUUGUUGUUUACCCUUAGCAGCUUCGCGUCUUGUAUGAUUGUAGUUAGGGUAAUAACUUUUAACAUUUUUAUAAAAAUCUGUAUUUGUUAAAUUACUAUCUUUUUUUUUUUUUUUUUAUUCUGGUAAAUUACUAUCUGGUUCAAGUUUAUCCAUCA